CUGUAGUCACUAAUAGUAAAGUUUUCAAAAUUGUUUCAGAAAUAAGCGAGGAAGCUCUUAAAGAAGUCGAUUCCGACUUCAAGAAGGCCAUGAUGCCCAGAAUUUUAUCCACAUUGCCAAAAAUACCGAUCACAGUCGAAGAAUUACGAUUUUUAUAUUUUGGUAACAAAGCAGUAUCAGAAAACACUCUAAUGAAUUACGCAGAUUUUCUUGGCGAUAUCAAUUUCUAUCGCGGUACUAUGGAAAUAAUCGAUAUUCAAAUGAAUUCCAACACACCAACGUACCUGUACAAAUUUUCAUAUGAAAGUGAAAAUUCUCUCGGAAAGAAAAUAAUGGACGUUUCGCUUCCAGGAGCAACCCAUGGUGAAGAUCUAUUUUAUUUAUUUCAUCCUCAUAUGAUGAAAGAUUUCGGUUUUCCACCACCUGCACUUGAUUCGCAGGAUUAUAAAAUAAUAAAUAACUUAACGCAGAUGUGGACGAAUUUUGCCAAAACAGGAGAUCCAACGCCUGCUAUUACGGAUUUGACACCCACUAAAUGGACUCCACUGAAGCGCGGAGAUGUAUACAAUUAUUUAAAUAUUGAUAUCAAACCUCGAAUGGAAAUCAUUCGUAAAGAAGAACACCGCUGCAAUUGGAAAAGUAUAAAGCACAAACUAUAAAUUUUUGUCUGCUGGAACAUUAUUUACAUAAAAAUGAUAUGUUAACAUUAUAUUAUUUACAUUAAAAUUAAAUUCUACAAUUUUUACGUUUGUAAUAAAUACCUAUUGCUUUCAUCGGUGUAUAAAAAUAUCUUUUGUAUUUAAAAUCACACGCAU